AUAUAUAUAGGAAGAGGAAAAAAGAAGUAGAAAGAAAAGAAAGAGAGAGAUCGAAAGAGAGUAAGAGCGAAGCGGGCGCCGUUACGAUAAAAGAAGUUUUUCGGAGAGCGUAUUCGGGAGCGUUCAAUGGUCGAAGCAGCUAUGCGCCACGCCGUCGUAGAGCUCUUAGCUAGCUAGUUCUGACUACGGGAGGUCUCGGGCCGCAGUUACGACCUCGAGAACGAGCGGGUUCGACUCGCGAAGAUGACCAUAAUAGUCUUUUUGAUCGACACGUCGGCCUCCAUGAAUCAGAGGGCAUAUUUGGGCGGGCGACCCACGCUUUUAGAUGUAGCCAAGAGCGCCGUGGAGACUUUCGUGAAGGUAAGACAAAGAUCACCAGAGAGUCGUGGAGAUCGUUACAUGCUUCUGACCUUCGAAGAUCCGCCUCAGAAUAUUAAGGCUGGAUGGAAAGAAAAUUUAGCUACUUUUAUGAAUGAGCUUAAAAAUUUACAAUGUGUUGGAUUGACAACAUUAGGUGCUGCUUUAAAACAUGCUUUGGAUGUUUUGAAUAUAAAUCGAAUGCAAACUGGAAUAGACACAUAUGGACAGGGGAGGUGUCCUUUUUAUUUAGAACCAUCAGUAAUUGUUGUGAUUACAGAUGGAGGAAAAUAUACAACUAAUAGUGGAGUUAAUCAAGAUUUCACAUUGCCAAUGCAUUCUCCUAUACCUGGAUCUGAGCUUACAAAAGAACCAUUUAGAUGGGAUCAAAGAUUAUUUUCUUUGGUACUUCGCUUAUCUGGAACUCCAGCUGUUGAGAGAGAUACAGGAUUAGUGGCAAGUGAUUCAUCUCCAAUAGAUGCUAUGUGUGAAGUUACUGGAGGUCGUUCAUAUUGUAUAACAUCUUUUAGAAUGAUGAUGCAAUGUAUAGACUCUUUGGUACAAAAAGUUCAAUCUGGCGUAGUAAUAAAUUUUGAAAAAAUUGGUCCAGAUCCUCCGCCAUUAAAUAACGAAACGCAACAUGUAGACGAUGAUGAAAAUGAAGAUGAAAAUACUGCAACGAACGGAACACGAACGUAUCCUCCUAAUCCAACAGUACCAGGAAAUACUGCAUGGCAUUCUUGCAGAAGAUUGAUUUAUGUUCCACGAUCUGCUCAGAAAGGUUUUGCAGUUGGAUUUUGGCCGAUUCCUGAAAGUUUUUGGCCUGAUUUAAGCGCUAGUUCUUUGCCACCUAGAUCAGCACAUCCAAAUGUAAAAUUUACUUGUACCAGUCAAGAGCCUAUGGUAAUAGAAAAUCUUCCAUUUGAUAAAUAUGAAUUAGAACCAAGUCCAUUGACACAAUAUAUAUUAGCCAGAAAGCAACCAACAAUUUGUUGGCAAGUUUUUGUGGCUAAUUCUUAUAAAUCAAGUGAUGUUGGUCAUCCAUUUGGGUAUUUAAAAGCAAGCACUAAUUUAACAUGCGUAAAUUUAUUUGUUAUGCCUUAUAACUAUCCAGUACUUUUACCUUUAUUGGAAGAAUUGUUUAAAGUACAUAGAUUGAAACCAACAAAUGAAUGGCGAACACAAUUUCAGAAUUACAUGAGAACAAUGCCUACUUAUUAUGCAGCGUCUCUUAGGAGAGCUUUAACUAGAAUGGGUGCACCUGCACCAUUAGCACAAACAUUAAUACCCGAUAAUAUGGAUAAUUCAUUAUCAUACAGUGUCUUAAAUUAUUUAAAACGAUUAAAAAAUCAAGCUAAAAUUGAAUUUGAUAGACUUUGUAAUGAGGUUCUUUCCAAACAACUUGCUACUGCCAAUAUGACAAAAAAUUUAGUAAAUGGUAGUACAACAACAGUAACAGAGGGAGUAAGAGUUACUCCUAGAACUCCAUUAAAAAAAGAUUUGGUAUCACAUCCACUAUUACAAGACAAAUUUACAGGAUUGAGGGAUCAAUUAAAUGAAUUUGGUGGUUUUGUAGUUGGAUUAGUUAGAAACCAACAACGUGGGGCGCAUAGUUAUAGGAAUGCAUUCGAUGUUCCGCGAAAAUCUCUGUUAGAUCAAGUUGUUAGAAUGCGUGCUAAUUUUCUACAACCUGGAUUAUUACACACAAAGUUAUUUGAUGAUGAUUAUGUUCAUUCAAUGCCCUUGGCACAAAUGGGAAAUUAUCAAGAAUAUUUGAAACGUAUGACUCCACCAUUAAGAGAAAUAGAAAGUGCUCCAGUUAGACAACAUAUGUUUGGUAAUCCAUUCAAAAUAGAUAAAAGAAUGAUGGUAGAUGAAGCAGAUAUUGAUAUGGUUGGAGCAACAUCUUCAACUUCUAAAGGCGGUCUUAAACGUACUUUACCUACAUCAGAUGGAGGAGGAUCUCUAACUUCAAAACCACCACCAAAUAAACGUAAACCAGGUCCAAUUCCUAAAGAUGUAAUAAUUCGGAGACCGUCAUAUACACCUACGAAUACUCCACCAAGUUCGCCGAUACCAUGGGUUGAUGAUACGAAAAAUCAAGUAACUCCGACUGCCGAGUCAAAUUCAUCGAAUACAUUGAAUUCUUCAUCUACUGUAUCAAAUAUAUCAUAUAUAAAUUCGCCAGAAAAAUUAGUAAAUGGCCUUGCAGAAAUGCCAACGAUACCAGUUUUUGAACCAAUUCCAGUAGAACAUACUAAUAAUCACAUGGAUGCACCACCAACUUUAACACCGAUAAUUAAUAAUGUUGAUACAUCUAAAAGCGAAGUGAAAACUGAAAAGCCAGAAAGUGUUAAGAAUGAGUGUAACAAACUACCUCCUAAUGAUUGUGUUGAAAAUAGUGUGAAAGUUGAAAAUUUGAUUGAUGAACGAUUGUCUAAUCAUGUUGAAGAAAAACACGAAAAAAUAGAAAAAGAUAAAGUUUUAACAAAAAAAGAAUUGGAAGAUAUUAGAAGGCACAAUUUGUCUGUUCGAGAACUUGUAUACAAAGAAGUACGAAGAAGAGGUACAAAUUAUGCAACACUAUUUUCACAUUUACACCAAAUUCAAGGAACUCUAGAUAUACGACUUGCAUUUUUGCGAGAUAUUGUAAAAGAAUCAUUACGAUUUAAAAGACGUAAUUUGGCAUCAUUAUUAGAAGAAUAUUUGAAAACUGUACAAGAAGAUAACUGGACUAUAAAUCAUAAAGUAAAUCACAAUGGUGCCACAAAAAUAAGUUAAUUGGGGCAUUAUUUUGAUAAGAAAAAUAAGAAUUCACUGAAUAAUGCAGAAAGUAUAAAAGGGAUACAAGAUAUAAAAAGCAAGUCGUACAUCUAUAAAGCGAUGAACGUAUUAGUGUUUAAGAAUGUAUGUUGCCAAGGCGCGAAGUGAUAAUAAUUGUUAAAUCUAAUGAAACAAAAUAGCAUUCUGUCAACCAAGGAGAUAUGAUUUUCAUACUCCUUUUUUCUCGUUUUUUCUCGUUUUGUUACUGUACAGUUGGUAGAAAUAUGUUUCAUUUUUUGUGAAAAAUCAGAAAAUGUGUUGCGACAAUAAAAUUUUCUCAGCAAAAAUCUAAUAAAUUCAUAAA